GCCGCGGCGGCGGAACGGGCGGAGGCUGCCGGUUUCGUAACCGUCGCUCCUCCUAGCUGACUCGCGGGCUGCGAGGCCUGGGUCGGGUCGGGCCGAGCCGCUCGGGGCCGCUCAGAGUGGAGGCCGCCUGGGGGCGGGUGGGCUGGAGGCGCAGGUACAAGUGAAGAUUUUUUUGGCAGUUUAGUUGGAUACCAUUGAUCACCUGGCUCUCAUUUCUGUCUGUUCUGUGUCGGCAAGAGAGUGCCCAAAUGAGCAAGACAUCACAGCAAAACAGUACUCCAGGGGUGAAUGGAAUAAGCGUUAUUCAUACUCAGGCACAUGCCAGUGGCUUACAGCAGGUUCCUCAGCUGGUGCCUGCUGGCCCUGGGGGAGGAGGCAAAGCUGUGCCUCCAAGCAAGCAAAGCAAAAAGAGUUCACCCAUGGAUCGAAAUAGCGAUGAAUAUCGUCAAAGGAGAGAAAGGAACAACAUGGCUGUGAAAAAGAGCCGAUUGAAAAGCAAGCAGAAAGCACAGGAUACACUACAAAGAGUGAAUCAGCUCAAAGAAGAGAAUGAACGGUUGGAAGCUAAAAUUAAAUUGCUGACAAAGGAAUUAAGCGUACUAAAAGAUUUAUUUCUUGAGCAUGCACACAACCUUGCAGACAACGUGCAGCCCAUUAGCACUGAAAAUACAACAACAAAUUCUGAUAACGCAGGACAGUAGACCUCACCCUUUCCAGACUUCACAAACUGUGGCUUGAACCGUUAAAGGUGUGAUAACCUGCACCACUCAUAUCAAUGGCUCAAUGUUGUCUUGAUCCAUUAUUCAAAGAUCCAUUGGAUAUUAUUUUCUAGGAUCAGCACUGAAGAGUUGAUUAGCCGUAUAAUUUAAUUAUCUGGUUUUGAAUGAUACAGAUUUUUGUGGGGAUCAAAAAACAAAAUUUUAAGGUAUAUGGUAAAAAAUAUAUAUAUCUUGGACCUUGAUGUUCUUAAUGUAAAUCCUGACUUCCCCAGAAAUCCUUAUUUUUUAGGCUGGCAAAAGAAAUGGGAAACUGGCAGGUCACGCAGAAGGUACUUGGUUUUAUGAUUAAUUGGGUUAAGAAAAAUUAGGAUUCCAUCUAUUUGUGAUUUUUAUCCUAAAUUGUAUAUUAUAAAUCCUAAGGCUAUAGAAAUCAAUCAUUGUAAUUUGGAAUGAUUUUACAUAUAGCACAAACCUUGUUUUAGCAUAAUUAGUACUGUUUCCCCCCCAAAGUACCAGUUUUUGAAUAGUGAUGUCAGGUUGAAUAAAAAAUCUCAUCACCUCUUAAAAGCAGUAUGCAGCAAAUUGGCUUAAAAAUGCACAUGACAUUUAAAAAGCAGAUUUUUUAAAAAAUAAAAGUAUAGCAAAUAUUGGGGAUAUUGUUUGGGUUAUUGAUUAGGCAUUGCUUUGUGUCCUAAAAAAACAUUUUUUACCAAAAUUUUAGUUUCUGCAGAUGCUAGUAGCUUCUUUUUUGGGGGGGGUGGGGGAGAGGUAUCUUUUUGAUAGCCAAGUUAGUAAAUACAAGUCUUAACAGUUUGAUGAUAUAAGCUCUGAUUAAGAUUUAUUAGAAUAUUGGUUUAGCUGUUAGUUUCUUCUGUGUUGAAAAUAACUGCCACAGGGCCAUGAUUUUUAAAGGCAAAAAUUCUUGUGAAAGAACAUUUUAGUAUUUGAUCUUAACCACAUGAUUAUUAGAAAAAUGUAUCAUCUCCAUGCCAUCUCCCAAAAUAACAGUCUCUAAGAAAACUUGAAAGUAUAAGGUUUUAACCUUUAAUUUAUUUCACUUAAAUACAUCUUUUUAUAUUGUUUUUGUGACUUUUUUCCUAGUUAGUGGGCUCUUCUUCCAGACUUUAUGUACCACUACUUCUGUUUAUUCUUUUGUAUGCUUUUAUGUUCCAUAAAUUAUUUUAGAAAGAAAAUGCUGAUAAAACUCAGGAUAUUGACAUUUUUGUUGAGACUAAAAAAUGGCAAUCACUAAUGUAGGGCAUCUUGAGAGUCUGCCUUAUUAUCAAUGUUGGUAGUUUAGAUUGUCUUUAAUCUUUUUUUCUUUUUCUUUUAAAGCACAAUUCUAGCUCAGAUUUGUUUGGCUUCUGUGUGUUAUUUUGUGCCUGGGAUGGUGUCUAGACAUGAGUCAUAUCUGAUUAAAGUUUGUGUUACCAGGUAUUUUAUUUGAACAUGGUCAUUUCUGGCCAAUUGCUGUUUCCUACUAGGACUUGGUAUAAUGUAACUAGACUGUAACGCAGAUUGUGCCCUGGGUUUGGUGGAAGAGUGCUGACUCUGCAGUUCUCCUGGGCAGAAGACAUCAUUUUUUGCUGUGCAACUCAGCUGCUGCACAUAAAACAAGAACUUAGUAUUGUUGGAGAUGCUUCUCAGGAGGGCUGUUAACCCUACAGAACCAGGAAACAGGGUAGGGAAGGAUGGGGAUUUUAAAAAAAAAAUUUUUCCCCCUCCCUUAGGGUCCAUCACCAGUUUACUUUGCAAUAUUGAUCUACUACUCAUGAAGGUUGAUAGGUGUUUGGAGUAACUAAUGAGGAUGCAUCCACAGAAUCCUACUGAAUCUUUAAAAGCUAGUUCAUGUUAUAUAAUUAAUUAGAGAGACAGUUAAGACCCUUGAAUCUUUAAAUACCUAAAUAGAUGUUACCAACAUUUUACUCUCUCACUUAAAAAAUUUCAGAAAUGGAUGUCCCCAAGGAAUUUGUGGUUACCAUGAUACGAUGAUAAGCUAUCUUGAAAAACAAGCUGUGGGAAUAAUCAUCUGGAGUGUGUACUCAAUAUUUCAAAUCAACAUAAGAUUGGAACAUCUGAAAAAACUGAUUCAAGCUUUCUUAUUACCUAUAUAAAUCAAAACUUUUAACACAAGCAAUUAUGCAUAGAAUGAAAAUGCUAACAAUUGUCUUGACUACUUUACCGAAGUCAAGAGUGAAAGUUUUUAGUUUGAUAGUUUUACCAGUAUAAAAAUGAGGGAAACUAAGUGUGGGAAAUGACUAAGUUUAGAGCUUUGGGAAUUAUAAAGUGACUUUUUUUUAAACUUCUGUGUGUUACUUAUGAACCAUUAGGAUUUGAUCUGCUUUGUGGGCAGGUCUAGUGGUUUAGGAAUUAGCCAGUAGUAUAAAUUUCCAGCUGAUCCAAGUCUCCUGGGAUAGGUGCUUUUUGACUGGUUUUGGCAGCAUUUGAGCGGAUCAGCUAUUCCUAUGUCUGGCCCCUUUCAGUCACUGGGACGCCAGCUCAGAUACUUUGGACAUUCUUACUGAGAAGUAGUAAGAUUUUACUAAAAUAUGACCAGAUUUUAAAAAUUUGGGUCAUGAGUGUGACAUUCUCAAAUUUAUGUAAAAAGUAGAAGUAUGUACAAUUUGAUAUUAAAGGAAAGGAAAUUAUAGCAGCCUUUGAUGUUUCUUAAUCCCUGUUAGAGGGCUGAAACUUUGUACCUGAACAACCCAUUUAGCAUUCAGAGUGCUUUUGAUGCCUUAGAAAUAGGAAAAACAACUUUUUUUGUUUGUUUGACAAAAGCUAGGAAAGAGAAAGUCCAUUCUCCAGCUAAUUAGAUCUGCCUCUCAGGAAAAACUACCAACUUGUUCUUUUGUUCCUGGCUUUCAGUUUGUGAGAUUACUCUAUUUUUUUAAAUAUAAUUUUAUUUCUUUCAAUAAGUUUAAAAUAAAGAAAUUUGGAACAAUCUCUG